AUGCGGCUUGGGAAGACGGCAUCUGUCGCGGGGCUGCUGGUGUUCGGGACAACCACCUCGCUGUUCGCGAAAAUCGUUUACGAGCUGGAGGGCAAGGGAGCUGAUGGUCAUGUCCACCUGUUCCUCAAGCCUUGGGCGAUGACAACUGUCAUGUUCAUGGGGAUGUCGCUCUGCCUCCCACUCGCGUACUACGAGCGCCACCUGGCUGCUCAGCGCAAGCAGGAGCACAUGUUGCUGCCCGACGACGAGGACGACGAGGCGUCAACACACAGCCACUGGCAGCAGGUGGUGAUGCUGUUGAUUCCCACGGCGUUCGACCUGGUCGCGACGGUGCUCAUGAACAUCGGCCUCCUGACGGUCUCCGCCUCGGUGUACCAGAUGAUGCGUGGGGCAGAGCUGCUCUUCGCCGCCCUGUUUGCAAUCACGUUCCUCGGCAGGCACUUGAACAUGGUUCACGGCUCGGGUAUCCUUCUGUGCAUGGUCGGGAUCAUGAUGGUCGGCGCGUCGACGAUGCUGUCCUCCGAUUCGGGAGAGUCUGCCCCCCCGGCUCUGGCACACUCUGGGGAUGCUGGGGACCACAAGUCCGGACCCGCCGCUGUCAGCCCGAAGCAGGCGCUCAUGGGCAUGGUGCUCAUCAUCGUGUCGCAGGCCGUGCAGGCUGCCCAGGUCACGUUCGAGGACUUCUUCAUGACCGACCUCGACAUGGCUCCGCUGAUGAUCGUCGGUUACGAGGGCAUGUGGGGCACCCUGUGCAUGGUUGGAGUUCUGCUGCCCGCGGUGUCGUUCGCCCCUGGUGUCGAGGGUGAUGGCAUUCACGAGAACUCCUUGGACACACUGGCCAUGCUGGUCAACAGCCCGCUGAUCCGCACAAUCGUCCUGGUGGACAUGUUCGCCCUGCUGGCGUACAACGUCACCGGCAUGUCCGUGACUGGCCACCUCGGCGCCGUCUUCCGCACCGUGCUGGAGACCAUGCGUACGUUGUUCGUCUGGGCGCUCGGCUUGGCCCUUUUCUACCUACCUCUGGGCGCUCAGGGGCUGGGCGAGCCUUGGACGCCGUACUCGUGGCUCCAGCUGGCGGGAUUCUGCGUGCUCGUCAGCGGAACGAACAUGUACUCGCGAGGAGACAUCAUCCUGGUGCAAGAGAUGGUGGAGAACGGCAUGCGCGGACAGGAGAACGAGGCCUUGCUUGGUGCGAGGCACGAUGCAGCCGGCGGCCUCGAGGCCGGACAGCAGGAAGGCGCGUCAGCCGGCAUCGGCAUCGCGCACCCGUCCCGUGAGGGCUACGUGGACCAGGCCGUGGUUCUGCGUCCGUCGCAGUCGAUCGCCGUGUCGUCGUUCAAGUCCACGAUGAACAUCUACAGCGCGUCCCUGUCGCAGUCAAUGGUCAGGGGCUCGUACAUGAGUCGCAUGAGGUCCAGGGAGUCCCCGGAGGGUACGGGGCGUGGCGGAGACGUGUUCGAUCAGAUGUCACUUGGCACGUCCAGGCCGCCUGUUGGGCCCAGGUGA